AUGUUUCCACCUCAGAGGUCAGAGGUCACCGCCAAAAACAAGCCGACAAACCAGGAGAGAGGAACCAGGAGAGAGGAACCAGGAGAGAGGAAACAGGAGAGAGGAACCAGGAGGGAGAGGAACCAGGAGAGAGGAACCAGGAGAGAGGAACCAGGAGAGAGGAACCAGGAGGGAGGAAACAGGAGGGAGGAACCAGGAGAGAGGAACCAGGAGAGAGGAACCAGGAGGGAGAGGAACCAGGAGAGAGGAACCAGGAGAGAGGAACCAGGAGAGAGGAACCAGGAGGGAGGAAACAGGAGGGAGGAACCAGGAGAGAGAGGAACCAGGAGAGAGGAACCAGGAGAGAGGAACCAGGAGGGAGUCUUGAGAAAAGGCCUGACAGUGAGCUGCUGAAGGUCCGGCUCACUCCUGGACCACAGAGACAAUUACACAACAAACACACACAGAAAGAACACAACAUGAAAUACACACAAAAACACAGACAAACGACAAAGACGGAAAAAAAUCAGAGUCAGACGACCAGGAAACACCUCCUCUUUAACAGCAAGGAGGAGGAGUCACUGUGAGAUCAAGAUCCCUGAUCCUGAUCCCUGAUCCUGAUCCAGAUCCAGAUCCCGGGUUUCUGUUGGACAGACCUGUCCUCCGUCCUGAAGACAAAAGAAACAGAUUCUCUUUAAAUACGACAGAAAGUGAAAAACUCAAAAAUCAUCGAGAACAGAAAAAGGAGAGAGAGGAGGAGGAGAGAGGAGGAGGAGAGGAGAGGAAGAGAGAGGAGGAGGAGAGAGGAAGAGAGAGGAGGAGGAGAAGGUGGAGGAGGAGGAGGAGAGAGAAGGAGGGAGGAGGAGGAGAGAGGUGGAGGAGAGGAGAGGAAGAGAGAGGAGGAGGAGAAGGUGGAGGAGGAGGAGGAGGAGGAGGAGAGGAAGAGAGAGGAGGAGGAGGAGAGAGGAGGAGGAGAAGGUGGAGGAGAGGAGAGGAAGAGAGAGGAGGAGGAGAAGGUGGAGGAGGAGUGA